AUGCGCCUUUCCUGCCUUCUUCCAGCUCUUUUCGGGCUUCCAGCCCUAUCUGCACUUGUCAAUAUCGAAUUUCCACAUCUCCUCAUUCCCCUCAAGAGCGCCGAACCAGACACUGCAUUCAAGACUCUAAAUGACGCCACUGUCAGCUACAAUAGCAAGACAGGCAAUCAAGUGUGGACGGGCGUCAACUUUGACGUGCACGACAUCAACGGCACCACCUGCCGCCUCCGGUUCCUAGUCAACACGAAUUCCUACCACAAUCCUCCUUUCAGUCUCAAAGGCGAGGCUCCUUUCGCCAUCAACAUCUCACGCAUCGAGCCGAAGCUCGUCAACGGUGCCACGACCUGGAACAACAAGCCCGCCAUCAUUGAGCACUACGACACGUACAUCUUGUCCACGGCUUCGGCGACCGAGAUUGUGAGUCGAUGGUUCCAGUGCCCUGCAGGGCGCGUGGCCCAGUUCUAUGUCCACGCGGGAAGCAGGAGGGAUUUGGAAGUGUACUGGUAUGAGCUGAAUUAUGCUGCGAGUGAGGGAGGGCCGCAUGGAAUUGUGCUGGAAAUGUACGAUUAA